AAACUGCAGCAACUCAAACAUCAGCAGACACUACAACCACUGAACCUGCAACAACUCAAACAUCAGCAGACACAACAAUCACUGCAACUGCAACAACUCAAACAUCAGCAGACAGUACAACAACUGAAAGUCCAAAAACUCAAACAUCAGCAGACACUACAACUACAGACACUACAGCUACGACUACCCGUCUUACAGCAACAACAACACAACUUACAUCUACAACUGAACCAACAACCACAAUUCCAUUAACAUCUACAACACAAAAUAUAUUUAUUACUUCUUCCCCUCUUACGGCAACAACAACACAGCUUACAUCUACAACUGAAACAACAACCACAACUCCAUUAACAUCUACAACAGAACAUACAGCGACAACUUUGUCCCCUCUUACUACAACAACAACAACAGCACAACUUACAUCUACAACUGAACCAACGACCACAACUCCUAUAAACUCUACAGUUCUUGUUAGCUUUUCCAGCAAUGAAGAAUUUAUAUCUGAACUGUCAAAUUCAUCCUCAGAAGCAUUUAAAAACAGAACAAACAAUGUCAUAAAGGAGAUUAAGCCAAUCUUUGAAAAGAAAUUCAAUGGCUCCUUCAUUAACAUGACAGUUAUUGCUUUCCGUCGUGGAUCAAUCAUCACUGAUAUGGAUGUAACAUUUACAACUGUACCCGAAUUUAAUCUAAUAUCUGAAAGUAUCUUAAAUGCAGGCACCACUCUUAACAUCACCAGUGUAAACAUAACAGCCAGAAUCAGUCCUACUACAACUACAACCACACCCAGUCCUACAACAACAACAACAACCAGUCCUACUACUACAACCACAACCAGUCCUACAACUACAACCAGUCCUACUACAACUACAACCGGUCCUACUACACCAACCACAACCAGUCCUAAUACAACAACCACAAUCAGUCCUACUACACCAACCACAACCAGUCCUACUACAACUACAACCGCUCCUACUACACCAACCACAACCAGUCCUAAUACAACAACCACAAUCAGUCCUACUACACCAACCACAACCAGUCCUACUACAACUACAACCGGUCCUACUACACCAACCACAACCAGUCCUAAUACAACAACCACAAUCAGUCCUACUACACCAACCACAACCAGUCCUAAUACAACAACCACAAUCAGUCCUACUACACCAACCACAACCAGUCCUAAUACAACAACCACAAUCAGUCCUACUACACCAACCACAACCAGUCCUACUACAACUACAACCGGUCCUACUACACCAACCUCAACCAGUCCUAAUACAACAACCACAAUCAGUCCUACUACACCAACCACAACCAGUCCUACUACAACAUCCACAACCAGUCCAACUACAACAACCACAACCAGUCCUACUACAACAACCACAACCAGUCCUACUACAACAACCACAACCAGUCCUACUACAACUACAGCCAAACCAACCACAACUACAACCAAACCAACCACCACACAAACAACAACAACAACAACAACAACAACAACCACAACCACAACCACACUACAAGCACGUCCUCAGCCAACAGUAGCCUUACAGAUUGUCAUUAUAGAGGUAUUUGUUCCAGCGCUUCAAAACCAACAAAGUCCAGAAUUUAAGAACCUAGCCACAAAGGUAGAGGCUGAGUUUGAUGUAGUCUACAAAACAAAGUAUGGGGAUCUUUUCAUCAAGACCAUCGUGCUUGCUUUCAUAGCUGUUUCCAAAACCCGGGCAGAACAGAAUGUACAGGCAGAUGUUAAGUUAGUGUUUAAUGAAAAGUCAACUGAACCCAUCCCCAGCAGCACUGCCAUUGUAGAGACUUUGAAAGAAGCAGUGGCAAAUCCAAGCUCGGGCUUCAACGUUUCUGUCGAUACCAACGCUAUUACUGUCCUUAAAUCACCACAGACAAUUCCAGUGACAAUCCUGACUGAUGGAACCUUUGUGACUGCUCUUUCAAAUAAAAGUUCACCUGAAUUUCAGAACAGGGCAACAAUGAUAAAAACAGGGCUUGAACCCUUUUUCUUUGCUGAUUACCUUGGAUUAUUCAGUACCUUAACCAUAACAAGCUUCAGUGAUGCAGGUGUAAGAACAAAGAGUGUGCCCACGAUCCGGAACUCCAUGGAUCUUACGUUUACAGCGGAGGCCAUUCUACCCAAUAGCACCCAGAUAGUGAACACUAUAGUUCGAGCAGCCAAAAACAACUCGUUAACUUUCCAGAUCUUCACGUCUGAAAUUGUGAUAAAUGGAACAGCAGUUUCAUCAGCAGAAGUCAGCAGCAAGAUCAGUGUGUUGACCGCUUUAGUCCUGGUUACUGUGUCACUUCUGGUCCCGGGGUUUGAUUGACCAUAACUACACAUCCCAACAUUACUGAUUCAGACAGGUCUGAAUGUCUCCAUGCACUUCUGCUCAAGUGAAGGACUCGUACAUAAAGCUACCGAUGCUACUUAAUGAGUAGUAAUGAACGUACUAUUUUACAUAACCCUAUUCUGUAAAUUUCAAACUUGAGCUAUAAUUUAUUCCAUGUCAGUUAUGGAUCUGUAUGUUCCUACAUGUUUUUAUAGAUUUAGAUCAGAACCCAGCAUUGUGCACUUUUAUAAACAUGUAAAUUCACUACAUUGGUUUGUAAACUCUAAAGUUUGCUGAAAUGCACAUUAUCUCUGGGAUCAUAAAUGGGAUAACACAAGUUCCACAAUUACCUGCUGUUAGUUUUUAAGCAACACUUUUCACAAUUUUUAUUUUUAUUUUAUUUUAUUUUUUUGAUGUGAUCAGCCAAAUGUUUAAUGGACAAUUUCAUUUGAUUCUCGGUUUAAUCAAAUUAAUUGACCAUAAAAUCAGCCAUCCUCAGAUCAAAACUAACUACAGAAACAUAACUACUAUGCAUUUUUAAAAUAAACAUUACUAUGCACUGCCAGAAAAUUAUAUAUCUCUUUAUAAUCACACGCAGACAUUUAUCUCAUGUACACAUACUUGCAGCUCUCCUAAAAAAUGCAACAUAACCACUCUUUUGAAAGCGAACAUAAGCCAUGCAAUGGAAAAUCUGGGUCUCUUUUAUGUUGGCUGACUGAGUCUGAAACGGGUAUUGAUGAGCAAAAGGAUGAAGUAUUUCAAUGAUUAUGAAACCUGUAAAACAGCUCGGAAGAAUGAUAAAUAUUUACAGGAUGUGACAUCAGAAACGUCUGGUGGAAAAAUGAGCAGAUACGAUGGUCUGAUAAUAUUACAUUACACAUAACACGAAAACCUGUACAAAACAAUAUUUUGCAGCAGUUGUUAUUCCCCAUCUUCUAUGCACCCUUCUUAGUUCGUUAGCAGCAUAAUAUUUAACAGGCAUGUUUCAUGCAAAAUUAUGUGUAUCAUACCAGUAUUUUCUAAAUUAUUUAUUCUAGAAAAAAAUAUCCAGUAUUUCUGAUGUUAAUUUAAUGCAAACCUAAAGGUCUUUUCUGUGAAUUCAUGAGAAAUGUAUUGAUUGUUAUAUUGUUCACGCUGGAUGUGGUAAUUAUUUUUCUAUAAGUUAUGUAUGUAGUAAUAUUUAUCACUUUUCUUAGGACAUGCUAAAUAAACUGUGGUGACACAA